UGCAACCGCAAUUACUUGAUCCAUCAGACAAGCUACGGAGCGGAGCAUGCUCUCGGAGACCUCGGCUGCCCAGGUGGCCGCGGACGACCGAUCCCUCAGUCAAAUUCCCGGCGGCUUAAUCUCGCUCCCCCCUCACACUUCGGCUCAACCUCCGGAAUGUCAAAGGAAAGCGUCAACUCCGAAAAGAUGGGGCAAUCGCAGCCGGCAAGCCCCUCAAGAACAGCAAGAAAAUGGCGGCUUGGCGGAUUGUGACACAGUGGAGACCGGGGUCUGGCUUCGUUGUCCUAUCCGUGCUGGUGAGCCGGAGCGCUAUGCCAACGUCCUCAAGCAUUGCCCGGAUACCUGGUACCGAGGGCUCUCCAAUGUCAACGAACACCUCUGGCGCUAUCACUCGUGGGACACGCGGUGCGAAAAUUGCGGCAAAACCUUUCGGGGAUCGACUCACAAGUCCAUUGCCAAAGACAAGGCCUCGCACGACUGCCGACCCCAGGAGAAGGGAAAAGGGGGAGAGGAGACGAGCCUCACUUAUAUGUCGAAGGAGUUGCAAAUGAAAUGGAGAACCUGGAAAGAGACGCUGAAGAAGGGCCGAUGCAAGAAUAAAGAGAAGGAGUGCAGUGUUAUUGUCAAUCACUGGAAAGUUCUCUUCGAGCUCUUCAAUCCUGGAAAGAAGGUACCUGAUCCCGUCGCGCUGCCACCCUCGGCGUGGGUUCCCAGUCGAAGGGGCCGCAAACCCUCAGCCAAUACCGCAGCCUCACAGCCAUCCCCAAGCAAUCAGUCUCUGGGAAAGCGGCAAGCGAGGUCUUCCCCGUCCGAGAGGCGACCCGAGCGGGAGGUGGACUUCCACUUUCUCGAGCAGCAGCCGCCGGCGCAAAACGCCCGAGAUGAUGUUGGCUUUGAGACCGCGCCGGAGGACCCGACGAAGCCGCAUUACUUCACUCAAUACGACGCCACAACCCAAACCUCGGGCCUGGAAGACGGCCAUCUGGAUCCUCUCGCCAGCAGCAUCCCCUUCUCCCCUUUCGGGCAACCGACCGGCCAGGCAGUCCCCACCGGCUUGUUGCCCACAACCAUCACGUCCGCCACGGAGCCCGGCUCCAUGGUGUUCUCGGAUACUUCUGUCUACGCCCCCUUCUCCCGGCCGGUCACGCCCUCUUCUCACGUGGGCCCCACGCCGGCGGAGACGGCGAGGAGGUUGGGCAACGCGACAUUGCGCGACAAUUUCGAACCCUGGGACUACAGCCCGGAGGUGGACGAGGACGUGUUCGCGCUGAUGUCGUGUUUUUUCUGUCGGCAGUCUCCUUGCAUGUGUUAUCCCCCCGAAGUCGAUUGAGGCCUAGAUCUAGCUAAGUAAGGGCGGCCAUUGCGCCAAAGUUUAUCGUCAGCGUUGGCAGCAACGUUCGUGUCCAAGUCAGUCCCAGACGAUGGCGCUCAUGGUGAAACGGAUGAGGACUGGCAAGCCGCUCCAGCCAACGUGCGAGAGGAGGUCACGACUCCACAGGUAGGAGCACUGAGGCCGGCUUGAACGUGGUGUCGCGUUUGUCACGCCGGGAA